AUGAGCAAGGAGCAGAUGGAUAUCCUGGAACUAGUUGACGCACUAGGGUGGUAUUUGGUAAUCGAAGAGAGCCGAAGGAGCGAUGGAUGGGAGGGGACGGCGCGGAGCAUCGACGGGAACCGGCACUGGGCCGUGCACCCUUGCCCCCGCCUGGACGGCCACUGGCUCGAGAUGAAAGACAGGCUCCUGGUGCUGCCGCAUCAUCUCCAUCCUCCUCAGGGCAGCGACGAAGGCGUCGGCAAUAAAGUCGGUUUCGUCGACGGCAUGCUGGGGGAGGUUGAGGUCGUCGAUGGCUUGUCGGUGCUCUCACAAAUUGGCGCCGAAGUCUCAACGGAGGAGGAGGCAACUACAGCACCCGAGCUGGUCUCCGGAGUCGAUGGCUCGGCGGACUGCGGCGGUACGGCAGUGGUCUGCAAAGUCGUUGCCAAGGUUGUCAACACAGUUGAUGAGGAGGGCGUUUCAAGGCUUGUCGAAGGGGCGGCAGCAGCCACGGAGGAGACAGGAGUGUCCUGCGCAAGUGUCGACUGGCCGGCGAUGACAACAGUUCCUGCCAGGAGCAGGGCAUGUCGGAGCACCAUCAUGGCGAUUCCGAUCAAGGAAAGCUGGAACAAGUUUCAGGCAGUCAGUCUUCAGUAA